GCAGGACGGGGCGGGGCGAGGCGACAGAGGAUCGCGUAGCCAAGGUCCAGGCCCAAGGCCGAGGAUAGCCGAGGCCACCGGGUGCCCAGGUCGCGGCCGCUGGGGUAGCGGGGACCGCGGUGGCUGGCGGGGCCGGGAGCCGGGCGCAGGUCACGCGCUCGUGGGGAGACUCGGGCGGGGCGCGGCUGGUGCUCUCGAGUCCGGUGCCGGGACGCGGGGUCGCCGGGCCUGCUGUAGGUACGCGAGGGCCCCGGACGGUGGCGACACCGGCUUCUCCUUGAGGCACAGGGCUUCAAGCGUUAGGGUAGGUCGUUCGCUCGUGACCCGGCCGCACCCUGGUGUGGAUUUUCCCAGUAAGGCACAGCAGGGCCACUGUAGUCUCUCUUGCAAGGUGGCUUGGUUGUGGGGGAGAGUGUCACUGGAGUGGAAUGCCAUCAGGGCCACCGCAGGGAGAGACCCCCCCACUCGGGGCCCAGUGACUCAUUGGUGUAGGAAGCUUUCACGAGUUGCUGACAUCUUUUCAAUGCGCAUAGUUUGAGGGGGAGGUGUUCCUGCUUUCCUUCCUCCCCUUGUCUGGAAGUACGCAGCGCCCGCGAAGCAGCAUCGUUCCCAACCCUAUUUACUUUUACUUUUUAUUUUGAGACAGGGGCUAAAUUGAUUAGGCUGGGCCAAAAAUUUCAAACUUUCCACCGAUUAUCUGGGACUGUUUUUUUUUUUUUAAUUUAUUAUCAUUUUAUAUUUCGACACAAGACGUUUUUAAAACAAAAAACAAAAAACAAAACGGCCCUGGAACAUAGCUCCACUGCCAUCAUGGUCAACAUCAACGAGCUGCCGGAGAACAUUCUACUGGAACUGUUCACCCACGUCCCGGCCCCACAGCUGCUGCGCAACUGCCGCCUGGUCUGCAGCCUCUGGCGAGACCUCAUCGAUGUGAUGACCCUCUGGAAGCGCAAGAGCCUUCGAGAGGGCUUUGUCACCAAAGACCGGGACGAGCCUGUGGAUGACUGGAAGAUCUUCUAUAUCCUGUGCAGUCUGCAAAGGAACCUCCUUCGGAACCCGUGUGCCGAAGAGAACCUGAGAUCAUGGCGGAUAGACUCCAAUGGGGGAGAUGAGUGGAAGGUGGAGAGCCUCCCUGGGGACCACGGCACAAGCUUUCCUGACACCAAGGUCAAGAAGUAUUUUGUCACCUCUUAUGGGAUGUGCCUCAAGUCCCAGAUGGUGGACCUCAAAGCCGAGGGCUACUCUGAAAAGCUGCUGGACACCGUUCGGCCGGACAUUGUGGUUAAAGACUGGUUUGCCCCACGAGCAGACUGCGGCUGUACCUAUCACCUCCGGGUACAGCUGGCCUCUGCCGACUACAUUGUCCUAGCCUCCUUUGAGCCUCCGCCUGUGACCAUCGAACAGUGGAAUGACGCCAGCUGGCAAGAGAUCUCCCACACCUUCUCCAAUUACCCUCCUGGCGUCCGUCACAUCCUUUUUCAACAUGGGGGCAAGGACACACAGUUCUGGAAAGGCUGGUAUGGUCCCCGUGUCACCAACAGCAGCAUCAUCGUCAGCCACAGGACAGCCAAGAACCCCGCCCCUGCCAGAACUCUACCGGAGGAAGACACUAGUAAUAGGAGGAAGAUACUCAGCUUUGGCUCCUGGGAAGACCUAAGCCCUUAGCGGGCAGUCAGGUCCCCAGUCCCACGAGUAGGUCCCCUGCCCUAUACAACUUUGGUCAAGCCCAAAUCAACUCGGUCACACAGCGCUGACAUUUUGUUGUAAUAAAUGUUUUCAGUAAAUCCA